UUCGCAAAUAGCUUUCCCAACUCAUUUAUGCGUGUGCGCGGCACAUUAUUUCUUCUGCGCGGCAGCGGUGGAAGAAGUGCGUGGCCGCGCACGCGCGCAGCUUAGAGGGAACAUUGCUUCUAGGUCUCACUUACUUGGACACUGCACGUGGCAUAGCCAGCAUAGUGCAAAAGCUACCAUUCAGCUUACAAGAGAAGUGGAUGAUGCUGGGCUAUACAUUCAAACAACACAGAGUUCCCUUUCCCCCCUUUUCUGUACUUGUUAAUUUUGUUGUAGAACAAGCCAGAAUGCACAAUGAUCCUAGCUUUGCCCUUCCCCUUCAAACAAAACAUUCCAGAAACACAAAACGGACAUCCCUCAUGAGAGGUCUACAGUUGGAGAGGCUCAAGAAACUAAGAUGGAUUUAACAAAAUUCUGUCCUAUACAUAAGAAACCACAUCCCUUCAACAAGUGUUGUGGUUUUAGAGAAAAAUCCAUCGAAGAUCGGAAGGCCUUUUUGAAACAGAAUGGGAUUUGCUUUAAAUGUGUAGCAUCAACAUCACACUUUGCAAGGAACUGUGAGAAGCUCGUCAAAUGUAUCGAAUGUGGCAGUGAAACACACCAUUCUGUCUUGCACCCAAAUACUGUUGAUAGGGCUGCUAAAGGGCAACCAACCACUAAAGAUCAUGGCGGGGAGGGAAAGGAUUCUUCAGAGGACGAUGUGUCUACCAAAUGCACAGAAGUAUGCGGUAGCAAUCUGGGUGACAAAACGUGCUCCAAGAUUUGUCUCGUCUCAGUGUUUCCAAGUGGCCAGCAGGAGAAAGCCAUUAGAGUGUACGCUAUCAUUGAUGAUCAAAGUAACCGAUCAUUGGUGAGGUCGAAAUUCUUUGAUGUUUUUUGAUGUACAUGGUGACAGUUCUUCCUACUACCUCAAGACCUGUCCCGGAGUCUCCCAGAUGAGUGGGAGGAGAGCACACAGAUUUCAGAUCGCCUCCAUAGAUGGUCGAGUCAUUCAUUCUCUACCCACCUUAAUCAAGUGUGAUAACCUCCAGAUGAUCGCUCAGAGAUACCCACCCCACAAGUUGCUCUUCACCAUCCACAUCUAAAGAGUAUCGUAUGACAAAUUCACUAAAUUGACCCGGAAGCUCCAAUCAUGAUGCUGUUGGGAAGAGACAUCAUAAAGGUACAUAAAGUUAUGAAGUACAUCAAUGGACCCCGCGAAGCCUCAUAUGCACUGAAGUUAGACCUUGGUUGGGUCAUAGUGGGCAAUGUCUGCUUAGGCAAGGUGCACAAGCCAGAUAGAGUCAACGUUCUCUUCACCAACACCUUGGGUAGUGGUCGUCAAUCACUUUUCAAGCCAUGUCCUAAUGCCUAUUACAUCAAGGAGCAUGUUUGUGAUGAUCAUCCAGGUCUUCAAGUUACAGGUGUUGUGAAGAGAUCCGUAUGGGAAGAAAAUGGAUAUCAUGAGGAAUCGGAUGUUUUCAAGAGGAUGAAGGAUGAUGAGAAGAUAGCUCUGUCUGUUGAAGAUUUGACCUUUCUCCGCAUAAUGAAGGAGGGAUUCUACAAAGAUGAAAAGAAUAGCUGGGUUGCCCCUCUGCCAUUCAAACCUCAGAGGCGAUGUCUCCCAAACAAUAAGACACAAGCUGUAGAUCCCUUCAGAUCUCUACAGCGGUCUUUUUCCAAGAAACCUAUCAUGAAGGAACAUUUCUUCGUAUUCAUGGAGAAGAUACUGGCGAAAGGUCACGCAGAGAUAGCCCCGCCACUUAACCAUCAAGACGAGUGUUGGUAUCUGCCUCUUUUUGGAGUUUAUCACCCAAAGAAGCCGGGAGAGAUCAGAGUGGUCUUUGAUUCAAGCUGUCAGUAUGAUGGUGUCUCACUAAACGACGUACUUUUGAAAGGUCCAGAUAUCAACAAUGGGCUCCUGGGUGUGCUCUUGCACUUUAGAAAGGAAGCAGUACCUGUCACCACGGAUAUACAACAGAUGUUUCAUUGUUUCUUAGUCAAGCCAGCGGACAGGAACCUUCUCAGAUUCUUCUGGUAUGAAGAUAAUGACCCAGAGAAGAACAUCAUCGAGUACAGGAUGAAGGUUCAUAUCUUCGGAAACAGUACUUCUCCUGCCGUAGCAAUUCAUGGCCUCAGACAAGCAGCGAAAGAGGCUGAGGCAGACUUCAGAGCAGAUGUUGUAAAGUUUGUAGAAAGGAAUUUCUACGUUGAUGACGGUUUAAAAUCUCUACCGUCUGGGGCAGCUGCUAUUGACCUUCUCAAGAGGACCCAAGCAGCCUUGGCACGUUCCAAUUUGAAGCUGCACAAAAUUGUUUCUAACAGCAAGGAGGUCAUGGAUGCGUUUCCUUUAGAUGAGAGGGCCAGUAAUCUAAGAGACAUGGAACAUGGCAAGGUUGAAGUAUCUAUACAGCGUACCCUUGGAGUUAGCUGGAAUCUCGUAACUGAUACGUUUACGUUUCAGCUGUCAAGCGACACAAAACAAUUAACACGACGUGGAGUUCAUUCUACCGUGAAUGGUUUAUAUGACCCCUUUGGGCUCGCAGCCCCAGUCAUCAUCUGAGGCAAAGCUCUGAUAAGAGAACUCACAACUGAGUCACACGACUGGGAUGCGCCUUUGCCUCUAGAGAGAUUGGGACCUUGGCAACAAUGGAAGGACUCCCUUCAAGAGCUUCAACAUCUGCAGAUAUCUAGCCAUUAUUCUGAAGAUUUCUUUUCAGAAGUUUCUCAAAGAGAGUUUGCAUUUUUGCAGAUGCCUCUGUUGUAGCUAUAGUCGCUGUAGCUUAUCUCAGAAGUGUGAGUAUUGAUGGGAGCUGCAAGAUGAGCUUUGUCUUGGGGAAAGCCAAGUUACCGCCCCGUCCAGAGUUGACCAUCCCACGCCUCGAGCUUUGUAGUGCAGUUUUGGCCGUGCAGAUGGCUGAACUUAUAAUGUCUGAGGUGGAUAUCGAGUUUGACAGUGUGAACUUCUUUUCAGACAGCAGGUUCCACGUCUUUGUGAACAAUCGAGUUCUAAGAAUAAGAAGAACCAUGCACCCGCAGCAAUGGCAUUAUGUACCAAGCGAUCUGAAUCCAGCAGACCAUGCCACCAGAUCCGUACCUGCAACCUGUUUGAAAGAUACAACAUGGCUUACUGGUCCACCAUUUUUGUCCGGUCCGAACCAGACAUACUUCACCUCAGGCCUGUUUGACCUUGUCGAUCCUUCUGCAGACGUCGAAGUCCGUCCCGAGGUAGCUGCAUUCAUUACCACUAUGAAGCACAGUCAGCUGGGCUCAGAACGUUUCAAGCGUUUCUCCAAUUGGAAGAUACUUCUCCGGGCUAUCUUACGUCUAAUACACAUCGUAAAGACUUACAAAAGAGAACUGACCAAAGAUGCAGCAAAUUGUAAAGGAUGGCAUUACUGUUCUAAACCAUAUAGUGUGAGUGAAUUGAGUCAAGCCAAAAAUAUCAUAAUUCGUGCUGUGCAACAAGAAGGUUUCGCUGAGGAGUUCCGAUGCAUCGAAGAUAACAGGAAUAUCAUGAAGAACAGUCCUCUCUUUGCACUGAAUCCCCUCAUUGAUGAGAAUGGACUUAUGAGAGAUGAGGGACGCGCGUCUCAAGGGAACUUUGGAUUCAGUGAGAGCGAUCCCAUCAUUAUUCCACAAUGGCAUCACAUUGCAACCUUGAUAAUAAGACAUUAUCACGAGCAAUCUCAACAUCAUGGGAGACAUUUCACCGAAGGCGCUAUUCGUAUGGCUGGCUUUUGGAUCGUGGGAGCCAAAAGAUGCAUUUGUUCCCUUAUCUUUGCAUGUGUGAUUUGUAGAAAGUGGCUACUUUCUGGGACAGGUGGCAGAAGCAAUAUCUCUCCACAUUGCAACCUAGAAAGAAGUGGCAAUCAAAGAGGCAGGAUGUCACAGAGGGCAGUAUAGUUCUCAUGAGAGACAGUCAGUACAAACGUAACCAGUGGCCUUUAGGGCGCAUCACUAGAGUCUUCCCAAGCAAAGAUGAAAGAGUUUGAAAGGUGGAGAUCAAGAUUGUUCAUCAGACCUAUAGCAGAAAUAGUGAUGCUCGUUCCCUCAGAUUAAUUCAGAGACUGAUUUAUUUCUUCCUUUGUUAUUAAUGUUAGGUUUGGUAUCUUGUGAUACCAGACGGGGAGUGUGUUGUCAUAUGUGAUGUUAGAAUAAAUAUGUGCUGGCUCCUUUAAGAGCAGCUGCAACUUGAUGAUGUCAUCAGUGUGAGACCAGCCACAGUCUGUUGCAUGGUAGAUAGCUGUUCUUUACUGUGGCUGCAUCCCAAGCCAUCUGCUACAUUUCUUGUCUUUCGGGAGUCAUCGUUGUUUUACCCUACUCCCAGUCAUCCAUUAAACGAAGUAAACCGUUUAUUUGCUUCAGCGUGGUGAUUGGAAGAGGAGUUAUCUGUCUGUCAACAUUUGCAAGGCGCACUGGGGUGGCAGAACACACAAUGUAUAGUAAAGAACAAAGUAACGCACGUGGAAACGCAGCGGAGAGAUCAAAACAAAACAACGGUCACUAAUUAGAAGUACAAAAUAAGGAUUUCUAAAGAAAAAUGAUAUAAGCCAAGAGGAGACUGGUUCUCCUUUGCUAAGGAGGCCUUUGUUCACCCCCCAAAGCCAUGUGAGACACUUUUUUUUUAUUUUUUUUUAUGGAUGUCCAGUUUUUAUUUCACUUUUUUUGGACUGAACCACUGGAACACCCGCUAACUGCUAUGAUAGAGCUUGGAAUAGCCAGGACAAUUUUUUUUUAUUUUUUUUUAUAAAACUGACUGGAUUUGUCUGAAAGAAGAAAGUCAUAUAAACCUAGGAUGCCUCUGGGGUGAGUAAAACAGCCUAAUUAAAAUUUUUGGGGGUGAACUAACCUUUUAAAUGAAGGGGGCACAAUAACUGUGGAACGCAUAUAUUCAAUAUACUGUAUUCUAAUAUAUAUAUUUGUGAAUUAUAUAUAUUUUUCAAUUAUUAUAUAUUUUUUAUUAUUAUUUAAGGUUAGAAUUUUGAACAAAAACCAAAAUGAUAAAGAGGGCAAAUAAUUGUGGAGCACUCUGUACAGUAUUUAAACAUGAUUUGGUCUCUUUUUUCAAGAAAUGCAUGUUAUUGUCCAAGGUGUAGUGGCAUGGACUAUCAGUGGAUGGACAGAAAGCUCUGAUAUUUCAUUAUAAAGAUCUUCAUUUGUAUUCUGAAAAUGAACGAAAGACUUGUGGGUUUGGAAUGACAUGAGGGUGAGUAAUUGAUGACAGAAUUUUAAUUUUUUGGGGGUGAACCAGCCUGUUAACUUUUACGUGAAGUGUUCAAAGACAUUGUUAAUGCUGACCAGUGAGCCAUAAGAAAUAAACUCUGAGAAGUAUGAAUACUUUCAGAAACACUUGGUCAUCACAAUUCAAGAUUUAUUUUAAAAUCUAAUCUAAGAUUUAUGCCUGUAGUGAAAAGUGUAACUAAAACUUGAGAAUUUCUGAUAGUUUUUGUACAUUCAAAAUAGUGUAUCCACAUCUGAGAUAAAGGCAGUCAUAAGAACCAAGCGAAACGGUGAGGAUAAGUUUUUCAAAAAAUUAAACCUGCCUGAAUAAUGAGGGAAAAAAUGUGAAUUAUUGUGUGAUUUGUAAAUAAACACAAAGCACAUUUAGUUUAACUCUCAGCCUGUUAUUUUAAGUUUAAAGAAAAGUUAAAUAAUUUAUUGUUGCAUUGCUGUUUGAGACAUUCACUGUUUUUCAUUAUAUUGCAGUUGUAUGCAAAUAAAAGUUGUUAUUCUGAAUAUUCUGGUUGCAUUUCAGUGUUACUGUACAGCAUUUUAUUAGUAUUGCACUUCGCUUGUAUUGAAUUGUACUUCAGUUGUAUUAUAUAUUGCAGUACUACUGCAGUUUUAUUGCAGUAUAAUUGUAGUACAGCUGUAUUACAGUAAUAAUGAGGUUCUAUUGCAGCUGUUUGUUAGUAAUACUACAGCUCAACUGCAGUUGUAUUUCAAUAGUACUUCAGAUGUAUUGUAGUAAACGGCAUUAAUGCAGUUUUUCGUGUCCAAAAAAAAAGGCUUUUUUUUUUUUUUUUUUACAUAUAACAAAAACCGCAGUAUUACUUUUUAAAAAAAAAACUGCAGUAAUUUUUUGUAAGGGAUAUACUGUACCCCUGCACUGUCUGCACAUUCCAUUCUCAUGCAGGCCUCUACACACACAGGCAGAUACAUGAUUAUAAUAGCAUAAUAAUUUGAUACAUAAAUGGCUAGAUUCACAUUGAUUAUGCUGGAACAAUUCACAUUUUGACCAAUAAAAAAUCUUCCACAUAUUCCCCCUUUUGAGACUUACUAAGUCUCACCUUUAUUUUUAUUUACCCAGAGUGCAGCUUCAUAAUUAAGUCUCAUCAGUUAUCACUACCUAGUGACUGAAUUAAGUCACACAGUUCUAUCACUAAUGACUAGAUUAUGAAACGGCAUUCUGGGGGAGUAUCAGAACCAAACCUCUCCCUCCACACUUGCCUGUGGUUGUCACAGUCAUGUAGUAUACAACGGAAAUACAAUUUCAAAAUAUAAAACAUGUAACAUCACAAAAAAUAGCAUAGUUGAUCUUCAGCCCGGACAUUUUGCGCAUCGUAAAGGGCCACCCUUGGGCAGAGGUUAGGCUAGCAUGUAUAGUUCAUCUUUAUACCUCUUCUUCAUCCUCAGUUGAGGUACUAGAGUGUCCAUCAUUUGUCCAUGUUUGUGAAUCCCAGUUGGGUGUAUGAGCCCAGUCCUGGUAAUGUACAUUUUGGGUACUCUUCAAAAUCAAUUUCUCAUUAUCUUGACAUCUUAGAAUUUCCUUCUGCCUAGCUGUGGCUUGGAUAACUAGUGACCUCAGUACAGGAAGCACACCGCAAAACAUUAAUCCUCCUAUUAAUACUGCAACUCCUAAAAGCAUUCCUAAUUUUGCUAACCAUGCUCCCCAUACUCCCAACUUUAGAUCAAACCAAUCCCACAAUUUGAUUGUCUAUUCCAGCAUUUGCUUAAACUUCAGCUAUUAAUUUUUUAUUUUUAUUUUAUUUUAAUCAUGACUUCACUAAAUGCUCCUCCAAGUGCAGUAUUAUUUGGUAUAUAAGUACAACACUGAUCUCAGAACAUAACACAAACUCCUCCUUUGUCUGCCAAAAGCAAAUUGACAGCCUGUGUAUUUUGCCAUGUCAUUCUACUGGUUGCAUGCACUUGGUCUGCUAGCAAUGUUAAUGCAUCAUCAGUAUAAUUAAUGAAGCUUUGUUGAUUAUAAUAAAUAUAAUUAAUCCGUUCUGUAUUUUUGUUAUGUGAAAUCCAAAUAAAUAUUGAUUCAAUACCAUAUUUAAUUUCAUCUCUUGCCUUAAACUCGUGUGGAAUUCCUCUAGGUUGUCCAAUUGAAUCUAUAUACGUGUUAGGGUCUGGUAUAUAAAUUUUUCUAAUUCUCUUGUUUUCUAAAUUUGUAUUUUGUUCUGUUCUCCAUUUUUCCAUGGUAAUUUCUUGGAGUAAUCGUACUCUUACGCAUAUUCCUUUCCACCCAAUAGAUAAAGAAGGCAAUAACUGUUCAUUUCCACAAAUCCAAAAAUAAUCGGCUAUUAUUAAUGAUUGGUCUUCAUAAAUUUCUAUAGAAGGUAAAGCAAUAGUUUGUUUUUGACAUUUUUCAGGCGCCACUUUAAUUCCUUAGUUUUUUCCAUGUGCUAAAAGAUCCGGAGCUCUGGAAGGAGUUUCUGAUUUCCAAAAGUUUUUUGUCUAUAUACCAAAUAACAGCGCAUUUCCCUUUGAAUUUGCCCAAAUCAUGUGUUCCUUUUGGUUUAUGGAUGCACUCAUAUUCUCGCUGCUCUCCGGGCGCUGGAUAUAUAGCUGCCCACUGCUCCAGGUGUGUGUUCACGGUGUGUUCACGGUGUGUUCACUUCUCACUGCUGUGUGUGUGGACUUGAUGGGUUAAAUGCAGAGCACCAAUUCUGAGUAUGGGUUACCAUACUUGGCAAAUGUCACGACUUUCACUUUCAUAGUCAAUGUUUCUAUGAUAUUUAGGCAUCUUUUGUACUGUUGAGUUGGUAUUAUUAUCAGUUUUGUUUAAGGGCUAAAAAGUUAAUUGAAGGAAAGUCGGGCUGUUAUCCGUUGGUUGCACUUGGACUUGCAUUAUUAGAUUCAUUAGGCGUGUGAUGAUCAUCAGAUAUGUUGUCAGACUUAUUCUUUCUCCUCUCCUGUUUGUCUGACAAGAGAAUGUGAGCUCCUUGUGGAUCUUUUUUUUUGAGCUUUCAUCAGUUUGCACUUCAUCUUGUGUCACUGGUCUUUCCUCGUCACCUUCUCCUGAGUUAUCUGCUUGUCUGUUUCCUUCUCUUUCUGUCCUUACUUUGGGAACUCUUGUACAGUGGUUUAGAUAAUACCAGGUUGUACUUCCCUCCACUUGGACCGCUGUUGGAUUAACUCUAACGACUUUGUAGGGUCCCUCUCUCCUGGGCUCAUUCCACUUUCUCUGGAAUAUCCUCAGAUAUACUUGGUCACCUGGAGCAAUUGGACAGUUUGUCUCUGUUUCCUGUAAAUAGAUAGCUUUAUUUUUUUUGUAAUUCACUGUUUUUAUUUUAAUAGAACACACAAAAACACAUCACAACAAAGAAAGGAAAACCAAGUUAAACCACUGCCCUCCCAGAACCCCAACCCACACCUAUCCCAUCGCACCCCAAGACCCAAAUAAAUACAAAAGUAAGAUAAUAUAUGAUCAAAUAAAUAUACAAAAAAAUAAAUAAAUAAAUAAAAUAAAAUAAAAAUAAAAUAAUAUACAAACAGAAUUGGUAAUCAUAUUAACAACAGAAUGAAAUUUUAGACUAAAUAACCAAAAUCUUUGAUAUUAUGGAAAUCCAGUUCUUCCACAUAGAUAGAGUAGCAGGCUUUGCGUGGUUAGUCCGUGCAGAAGACAGUUCCAGGUAUAGUAUUUCCAAUAAGGAAUGAAUCAAGUGUUGAGCAGAAAGAUCAUGAGGGGGUUUCCAGCGUUGAGGACGCAUGGAAUGUAUUAACCCACACUGUGUCCCAAUCAAUGCUUCUAAUAUAGGGAGUCAAAUCUGAUAACCACGCUCUAGCUUUAGGGAAAUUAUCAGAAUUAAGGUUUGAAAAGCAAGAGUAAAAAUAAGAGACAAUUCCUAUGUUUGGCGCAUUUUGAAUCCAUUGCACUACUGGGUGAAUUUGAAGAUAUUACCCCAAGGAACCUUAUGAUAUUUUAAAGCAGAACGGAGUUGAAAAAAUACAAAUAAAGUGUUACGGGAAAUGUUAAAUCUUUCAAUUAAGUCUUGAAAAUUUAAAAUUGAUUUCUCUCCAUUUAUAUCUUUUAGUGUUAGAAUACCUUUUGUAGCCCAAGAUGGCUGUACAAAUGGUUGUCCGCCAGAAAGCAGAUUCCGAUUGUGCCAUACGGGAGUAUGGGUAUGCCAUAUAGUUUUAGAAGGAAAAAGGGAUUCAAUCUUUUUAAAUAUUUGGAGAGUAUAGGAAAGUAUAGGUCCAUAAUGUAAUGAGCACUUCCUAUAUGUAAGACCAGAAAAUAAAAAAUCUUGCAAUCGAAUUGGUGAAAUAAGUUCUUGCUCUAUUACUUUCCACGAGGACCGUGAACAAGGAUCAAACCAUUUCUUAACCGAGAGCAGAGUAAAAGACCAAUGAUACAAUUUAAAAUUUGGGCAACCCCAUCCGCCUUUCAUUUUAAUUCUUUGAAGUGUAGACCACUUAACGCGGGGACGUUUUCCGUUCCAAAUAUAUUUUAUUAGUAAAGAAUCUAGUUUUUUCCAAUAAUUUGUAGGUGGGGGGAGAGGAAGCAUGGAACUAAUAAAAUUGAUGCGAGGCAUAUUUUUAUUUUUUAUUACUGACAUUCGGGCUGAAGGUGAUGAGGGCAGAUACAUCCAUCGUUGAAUAUCAGACUCAAUUUUCCCAUAGAUUGACAUAUAGUUUAUUUUUGAGAUUAGGGGUAAAGUAGGUCUGAGUUCGAUCCCUAAAUAUUUAACUUGUGUUGAUAAUAAGAUAUUGUUUGGAAUAGAAAAAAUUAGACCACCGGAAUUCAGAGGCAUCAAAAUAGUUUUUGAAAGAUUAAUUUUAAAUCCCGAUAGUAUGCCAAAUUCAUCUAUAAUUUUGAGGGCGUUAGGAAGCGAGCGCUGCAAGUCAGAUAGAAAUAAUAAAGUGUCAUCUGCAUAUAAGGAAACAGAGUGGCUUGAUGCGCCUAACCGAAUUGGUGUAAUGAGACUGCACUGUCUAACAUACUGUGCCAGGGGUUCUAUUGAUAAGUUGAACAAAAGGGGGGAAAGUGGACAACCCUGCCUUGUACCUCUAUGAAUAUUAAACCUGUCUGAGAUGAGUCCACCAGUAGAUACCCUGGCCAUGGGAUUAGUGUAUAGAGUUUGUAUCAUUCUAAUCAACCGAUCACCAAAAUUGAACUUCUUUAAAGUAUACCACAGAUAGCCCCAUUCAAGCCGAUCAAAGGCUUUUUCAGCAUCAAUAAAUAGAAGGCCACUAGGCGAUUUCAAUUUCGCUGAUUCUGCGAUGACAUGUAACACACGGCGGACAUUGUCAGAAGCUAGGCGACCAGGAAUGAAACCUGAUUGAUCUGGAUCAAUUAGUUUAUGUAUUACUACUUGUAGGCGUCUGGCAAUAACUUUAGCAUAGAUUUUGACAUCCUCAUUAAUCAAGGAGAUGGGCCUAUAGUUAGAACAGUCUGAGUGAUCUUUGCCGGGUUUAGGUAGAACAGAGAUUAAAGCUGUAUUGAGGUCUCGGUGAAAAUGGCCUUUGGAUAUGGCCUCAUUUAUAGUGCAUAACCAAAUAUGACCUAAUAAAUCCUAUAGCACCAGGUAUAACUCUGUUGGAAGGCCGGGAGACUUUCCUUUAUUUGAACAGAUUACUGCAUUAUGUAGGUCUUCUAAAGUUAUAUCAGAGUCAAGGUUGUCCAUUUCCUCUUUUGAAAGUUUAUUUAAAUUCAAUUGGUCAAAAAAUUCUUUUAACUGACCGGUACUGGGUUGCGUUUCUGAAGUAUAUAAUUUUUCAAAGAAUGACGUGAAUAUUUUGUUAAUAUCUUUGAGAUGUGAAUUGAGAACAUUUUUUGCAUUUUUAAUCGCCCGUAUAUUAAAACGUUGCUCAUGUUUUUUCAGAGUAAGUGCAAGGAGUCGGCUUGGUCUGCUUCCAUCUAUAUAGUAUUUAUGUUUUGUAAUAUGCAUUAGAUAGUCUGCUCUUCUGCGUAGCAAAUCAUUGAGUGCAGCCCUUUCAACAUUUAACUCACAUAGUUUAAUACUGGAAAAAUUGUAGCCUAAUUCCCUUUCUAAGUCCCCACAUCGUUUUUCUAAUAUUGAUAUUUGUUCAAAAUAUUUAUUUUUAAGUCUAGCAGAAAAGGAAAUGGCUUUGUUCCUUAAAAAGCCUUUGAUAGAUGCCCAUAGCAUAUCAUAAUUGGAGACUGAGUUUUGAUUUAAUCUAAUAAAUUCAGUCAGUUCUGCUCUCAGUUGAGAUAGGAAGUCCUCAUUUUGUAGAAGCAGAGUGUUAAAUCUCCAUCGGGACGGUUUACAGGAUGUCUUGAUCUGGAGCUGUGCUAAUACAGCAUUAUGGUCAGAAACACUUUGUGGUAGGAAUUCAAUGUGUAUUAGAUCUGAAAGUAGCGUAGACGAAAGUAAAAUAUAAUCAAUUUUUGAGAAUGAUUUGUGACUUGGGGAAAAAUAGGUGUAUUCCUUAGCUGUAGGAUUAUGUAAAUGCCAAGCAUCACAUAGGUCUAGGUCUUUGAUAAACAAUCUCAGUGCUGCAGAAGACUGAGACUGUGUUACUGAAACUAAAGGAUUGGAGUGAUCCAAAACUGUGUCAAACACAGCAUUCAAGUCAGAUCCAAUGACGAUUGAAUAACCAUGAAGAGAUAAAAGUUUUUUCAAAACUUGUGGAAAAAAGGAAACGUCAUAUGAGUUUGGGGCAUAUAUAAACAAAUGCAUACCUAUUUCCUUCAAUUAAGGCACAGCAAUAAGCGACUCGGCCAUCGUCAUCGGAGCCUUUGUGUUCAAUAAUAAAAUUAGAAUUACAUUUAAAAAGAAUUGUCACCCCUUGCUUUUUAGAAUUACAAUUUGAUGAUAUUAUGGGAAUAUAACGCCUGUUUUGCAUUCUUUGGGUGUCUAUUUUAGUAAGAUGUGUUUCUUGAAGAAACGCUACAUCGAUUUUCUUUCUGUGCAAAAGAUCUAAAACCCGUGUACGUUUAAUAGGAGAAUUCAACCCACUAACAUUGAGAGACAAUAUAUUUAUAUUAACCAUAAUCUACAAUUGCUGGAUUCACACAGAAUAACGCAUUAAGUAAAAAACAGGUUGUUGUACAUAUAACCAAGAUUUUCAUAUCCAUAUGCAGUAACAAAAUCAUUAUCGGUCCUGGGUGCUUUAGGCGCCUAAGCGCCCCCUCCCUCUCCCAAAUAACCCUUUUAGCAAACAUCUGUGGCGAUCGCGAGGCAAUGUCUAGAACACUAUUCACCUUAUUAACCCCUAUGAUUUAAACAAACAGAGAAAUGUUUGUUGCUGCUCGUAGCAGGCUUUUGGGGAGAAACCGAUUUUUUGCUGGUAGCCAUUCUUGUAUUAUAAGUGUCUAGUUGUCAAAAGAAACAAUAUUCUCCUCUGUAUGAAAUGAAUAACUAAAAAUAGGAGGUUAAUAUUCGGGAGCCUAGUGUUGUGCAGCCAUCUUGCAGUGCGCGCCACCAGAAAUCCUAGAUAGCUUUAUGUAUUGCAGUUAAUUUCUUCAUAUAAGAUCGAAGUUCCAUUUGCAAUUGCUCUAGAGGAGGUCCUUUGUAGGGACCUCUACAAUAUGGUACAGACAUGGGUAGACCCGUAAGCAUUUCAUGCGAUGUUAAAUGCGUGUUUCUGUUAGUCUGCAUGUGAUAACUCAUUAGUGCAAGAGGAAAAGUAUCAAUCCAGUUAAGCUUAGUACAUUCACAUAUUUUGUUUAGUUUGGCCUUGAGGGUUCAAUUCAAUUUCUCUACCAUCCUUUGGGAUUGUGGAUGGUAGACACACCCUAGUCUCUGCUUUAUUCUCAAUUUUUGCAGUACUUGUUGCCGAUCCAUUAUCUGAACUUAUUUCUGAUGGUAUUCCAAAUCUAGGAAUUACUUCUCUUGUUAGAAAUUUAAUUACUUUUCCUGCUCCCUCAUCUGCUGAUAGUACUGCCUCUACCCAUCUGCUAAAUCUAUCUAUGAUCACCAGCAUGUACCUUUUGCCUUGUACUCUCUUUAUCAUAUCCACAUAGUCCAUUACGAGAUGCUUAAAUGGACCUUCUGGCACUGGUAUAUGGCAUAUUGGUGUUGUUAUUCCUUUUCUCACGUUGUUUUUGGCACAAACGUCACAUGAGGACAAAAAAUCAUCCACCAUUGCAUGUAAAUAAGGAGACCAAUUACCUUGCUGUUUAAUUUUCCUUAUCACUUCCCCCCUUGCACAAUGGUCAAAACCAUCUGAUAUGAGAAUAUUCAAAAAUGAAGUUGGGGCAACAAUUUGUCCUUUAUGUGUACGCCAAAUAUCUUGCGUGUCUUUUUUGGCUCCCCUUUGGUGCGACAUAGAAUGUUCAUAAGGGCCUACUUUUAGUUGAAUUCGAAUAAUAUCAUCCAGUUGAGGUUCUUUAAGUACUACAGGUGCUAGUACUGCUACCUGACACCCUGAGGCUUUCUUAGCUUCCAAAUCUGCUGCAUGGUUUCCCUUAAUGACAAAAUCAUUUCCUUUUUUAUGAGCCUGACACUUGAUUAUUGCUUAUCGUUUUGGUAGCAUCAUAGCAGAAAUCAAUUGACCUAUUUGUUCAGCAUGUUGGAUGGGAGUCCCAUCACUUUUUUGAAACCUCUCUGCUUCCAUACUGCUCCAAACAAAUGAUAUACACCAUGUGCAUAUGCUGAAUCAGUGUAAAUAUUGGCUGUUUGUUAACUGACAUGCAGCUGUGAGAGCUUUUAAUUCUGAUAAUUGAGCAGAGCAAGGCUGUACACAAUGUUGUGAUAUCACAGGCACAAAUUUUUCCUUGUUCUUCUUUACUACUGAAUAUCAAGUAUGAUUUCCUACAUUGUUAUUCACACCGGUGCUAAUGAUGUUCGACUUCGCCAGUCGGAGAUCACUAAAAAUAACAUUAAAGAGGUGUGUGAACUUGCAAGCAUGAUGCCAGACACUGUAAUA